AUGGGGAAUUCAUAUGCAGGGCAACUGAAAUCUGCCCGGUUUGAAGAAGCGCUCCAUAAUUCAAUAGAAGCAUCCCUGAGAUGUAGUAGUGUUGUACCAAGGCCAAUUUUUUCUCAGCUCUAUUUGGACCCUGACCAGCAUCCCUUCUCUCCUGCAGAUGUCAAACCCAAAGUGGAAGAACUGGAUAAAGAACUGGUACACCGCUACACUCAAAAUGGAAGUCUGGACUUUUCUAACAACUCAGUUGUUAAUGAAAUGGAAGAUGAAGAUGAAGAUGAAGAAAUGUCAGAUUCAAAUAGCCCACCAAUUCCCUAUUCGCAAAAGCCUGCCCCAGAAGGGUCUUGCACUACAGAUGGUUUUUGUCAAGCAGGAAAAGAUUUACGUUUAGUGACCCUGUGUAUGGAACAAAUUGAGAUCCCAGCAGGUUUCCUGCUAGUGGGUGCCAAGUCUCCAAAUCUUCCCGAACAUAUUUUAGUCUGUGCUGUAGACAAGAGAUUCCUGCCAGAUGAUCAUGGAAAAAAUGCACUUUUAGGGUUUUCUGGAAACUGCAUAGGCUGUGGAGAAAGAGGAUUUCGGUAUUUCACGGAGUUUUCCAACCAUAUUAACUUGAAGCUCACCACGCAGCCCAAAAAGCAGAAGCACUUAAAGUACUACCUAGUCAGAAGCUCCCAGGGUGUCCUUUCAAAGGGGCCUCUUAUCUGUUGGAAAGAAUGUAGAAGCCGACAAUCCUCUGCUGCUUGCCACUCUGCUAAACCAAAUUCUUCAGUGUCAUCAACAGUAACCCCAGAAAAUGGAACAACAAAUGGAUACAAAUCAGGAUUCGCACAAACAGAUGCUGCUAAUGGGAACAGUAGUAAUGGAGGGAGAACAAAUAUAUCCAGCUCCACUCCUACUCGUCCGGUUCCUCAUUCUGUGUCACCCAGACCUGGCUAUGCUGCAGGAGACCAAGCGUCCAUAUCCAGUUCAGGGCCACCAAAGAAACGACACCGGGGAUGGUAUCCUGGGUCACCUGUACCUCCACCUGCUUUAGUUGUUCCUGUUCCUACAGUCCGACCUCUUGCAAGAACUGAGCCCCUUUUGUCUGUCCCUGUUCCUCAGUCCAUGUUAACUGGAAUUUUACAACCUCGGCCCAUUCCUGCAGGGGAAACUGUAAUUGUUCCUGAAAACCUGCUGAGUAACUCAGGAGUUAGACCAGUGAUUUUGAUAGGUUAUGGCACUUUACCCUAUUUCUAUGGAAAUGUCGGUGACAUUGUAGUCAGUCCCUUGCUUGUGAAUUGCUACAAGAUUCCACAUCUGGAAAAUAGAGAUUUGGAGCAGUUGGGAUUGAAUGGAAGCCAGUUAUUAAGCGUGGAAAACAUGAUUCUUCUAACUAUACAGUAUCUUGUGCGGCUGGGUCCUGAUCAGAUACCUCUCAGGGAAGAAUUUGAGCAGAUCAUGCUGAAAGCUAUGCAGGAAUUUACUCUGAGAGAGAGGUCCUUGCAGAUGAGUACUCAGUGUAUCUCUGUGUUGCCAGGUCAGCUCCCCUGGCUUGCUAGACUAAUCGCCAGUGUAUCUCAAGACUUGGUUCAUGUAAUUGUUACCCAGAAUUCUCUGGCUGAGGGCAUUUCAGAGACACUGAGAACUCUGAGUGAAAUGAGACAUCAGCAAAGAUUACCAGACUACGUAGUGGCAAUCUGCUCAUCAAAGAUCAGAGGAAAUGAAUUUUGUGUGGUGGUCCUAGGUCAGUAUCAGUCCAGAGCCUUGGCAGAGAGCAUGCUUACCACAAGUGAGUUUUUGAAAGAGAUUAGUUAUGAGCUCAUCACAGGAAAGGUCAGUUUCCUGGCAUCCCAUUUCAAAAACACAUCUUUAGGUGAUGAUCUAGAUAAAUUGCUAGAGAAAAUGCAGCAGAGAAGAGGGGACAAUGUGGUUACCCCUUUCAAUGGCGAUGUUAAUGAAUGUGUAUCAUCUCAGGAGGCAGCUGCCAUGAUUCCCACACAGAACUUGGAUGUAGAUAAUGACACCUUCCAAAUUUAUCAACCACAGCUCACAGUUGCCAGAAAACUCUUAUCUCAGGUGUGUGCCAUAGCAGACAGCGGCAACCAAAGCCUGGACCUGGGCCACUUCAGCAAGGUGGAUUUUAUCAUUAUAGUCCCACGUUCAGAAGUUCUAGUACAACAAACUCUUCAACGAAUUCGACAAUCAGGUGUUCUUGUAGACUUGGGUCUGGAAGAAAAUGGAACGGCUUAUCAGAGAGCAGAGAAAUACGUUGUUCGGCUAGACAAUGAAAUUCAAACCAAGUUUGAAGUUUUUAUGAGAAGGGUCAAACAGAAUCCAUACACACUCUUUGUCUUGGUUCAUGACAACUCUCAUGUGGAGCUGACAAGUGUCAUCUCAGGCUCUCUAUCCCAUGGAGAGCCGAGUCAUGGGUUGGCUGAUAGAGUUAUUAAUUGCCGAGAAGUCCUCGAAGCCUUCAACCUCCUUGUGCUCCAGGUCAGCUCCUUCCCAUAUGCCAUGCAAACACAACAGUCCAGAAUAAGCUCUGCCAAUGAGGUGCACUGGAUACCACUGGACAGUGUGGAGGACAUGGGCAGUGAGGAGAAGCUAUAUUUUGGCUUGAAUGAGUACAGCAAGUCGCUGCAGUGGGGAAUUACUAGUCCCCUUCUAAGAUGUGACGAAACUUUUGAGAAAAUGGUCAACACGCUCUUAGAAAGGCACCCCAGGCUUCAUAGCAUGGUUAUUCGCUGCUACCUUCUCAUUCAACAGUACUCAGAAGCACUGAUGGCCCUCACCACCAUGGCAUCCCUCCGAGACCACAGUACACCAGAAACACUCAGCAUCAUGGAUGACCUCAUUAGCUCCCCAGGAAAGGACAAGAGUGGGCGGGGGCACAUGCUCAUCAUUAGGGUGCCUUCGGUGCAGCUGGCUAUGCUGGCAAAGGAGAGGUUGCAGGAGGUGCGGGAUAAGUUGGGCCUCCAGUACCGCUUCGAGAUCAUCCUCGGGAAUCCAGCUUCAGAGCUGAAUGUGGCCAGUCACUUCGUGGCACGAUUGAAGAGUUGGAGAGGAAAUGAACAAGAAGAGUGGAUCCCUCGGACCUAUCAGGAUUUAGAAGGUCUACCUUGUAUUGUAAUAUUAACUGGAAAAGACCCUCUUGGAGAAUCUUUUCCCAGGUCCUUGAAGUACUGUGACCUCCGGUUAAUUGACUCAAGCUAUUUAACUCGAACUGCUUUAGAGCAGGAGGUGGGCCUGGCAUGUUGCUAUGUUUCCAAGGAAGUCAUCCGAGGGCCCAUCGUUGCCCUGGAUCUUAGUGAGAAGGAGCACGAGAGAACCAGCAUCAGCGAAAACGACUCCGAUGAGCUGUUGAUUGACCUGGAGAGACCCCAGAGCAAUAGCAGUGCAGUCACUGGAACUUCAGGUUCCAUAGCAGAGAAUGGAGUGAGCUCCUCUUGUGCAGCCCAGAAGCAAAGCUUCCAAAAUGCAGCCAACAACUCAAGGCUUGAUGAAGGGGUUUCUCCAGAACCCCCUUCGGGGGAACCCUUGAAGCAAGAGUGUGAUUCCCUGGGCCAUCAGAUGGCAAGCAGCACCACCUCCAAGCCUUCAUCUUCCUCCUCCACGUCCCAAACUUUCCAGUGGCCAGGGCAACCCGCCAAAGGCUGCAGGGGUUUGCAUGUGUCCCUUCCACGCAUUGUGAUACUGUCCAAAGCCGCCUACUGCCUCCUGGGCUCUCAGAAGAGUGGGCAGUUGCCUUCCUCUUCUUCCCUCCUUCCCCAUGCGGACGUGUCAUGGGUGAGCUCUUUGAGGCCCUUUCUGCACAAGGAUAUGACCAGUGAGGAGCAGUCCCUCUACUACCGCCAGUGGACAGCUGCCCGGCAGCAUCAUGCUGACUACAGCAACCAGGGGGAUGCCACUGGUUCCCGGAGCUUCCAUCCCCGCAGGUUGCUGCUCACAGGGCCCCCGCAGGUGGGAAAGACUGGCUCCUAUCUGCAGUUCCUCAGAAUUCUCUUCCGCAUGCUCAUCAGGUUACUGGAGGUUGAUGUGUAUGAUGAGGAGGAGAUUAAUAUCAGUCACAGUGAGGACAGUGAGAUCACUCUGUCGGAGAGGGAUCCCUGGCCCGACGUUGAGAACUUUGGCAAAAUGCCUUUUGAUGUCAGUGUGCAUGAUCCCAAGUACAAUCUGAUGAGUCCAGUGUUCACCGAAAAGUUGACUGGAAUCAAGCAAGAAGCCAAAAAGGAUGCCAAAUGUGAGGAGUCUAGGAAACGAGAAACUGUCUCCAUGAUGCUGACCAAGUAUGCCGCUUACAACACCUUCCAUCACUGUGAACAGUGCCACCAGUACAUGGACAUCAGCCCUGCGUCCCAGAUGUCCGACUCCACCCUUCACGCAUUCACGUUCUCUUCCUCCAUGUUGGGAGAAGAGGUUCAGCUCCACUUCAUCAUCCCCAAAUCCAAAGAAAGCCAUUUUGUCUUCAGCAAGCAAGGCAAACACCUGGAGAGCAUGCGUCUGCCUCUGGUGUCUGACAAGAAUUUGAAUGUAGUCAAGAGCCCAAUCUUCACUCCUUCCAGUGGACGACAUGAACAAGGCCUGCUAAACCUUUACCAUGCAAUGGAAGGCAUCAGCCACCUUCACCUCCUAGUGAUCAAAGAGUAUGAGAUGCCUCUGUAUCGCAAAUACUGGCCCAACCACAUCAUGCUGGUGCUUCCCGGUACAUUCAACAAUGCUGGUGUUGGUGCUGCAAGGUUCCUCAUUAAAGAGCUCUCCUACCACAACCUUGAACUGGAGAGAAACCGCCUGGAGGAACUGGGAGUCAAACGCCAAUGCGUCUGGCCUUUCAUAGUGAUCAUGGAUGACUCCUGCGUCCUGUGGAACAUUCACGGUGCCCAGGAACAGACCAGCCAGCCUAUGGAUUCAGGAAUUACCAGUAAGAAUGUGUCCUUAAAGACUGUUCUGCAGCAUCUUGAAGCCACCCCAAAGAUUGUGCAUUAUGCCAUCCUGGGGAUACAGAAGUGGAACAGCAAGCUGAGUUCUAGAAACCUCAAGUCUCCCUUCUCUCGGUGCCAUGUACAUGACUUCGUACUGCUCAAUGUAGACUUGACGCAGAAUGUGCAAUAUGAUCUCAACAGGUACUUCUGUGAAGAUGUUGACUUUAACUUGAGAACCAACAGCAGUGGCCUGCUUAUUUGCCGAUUUAACAACUUCAGUCUCAUGAAAAAACACAUCCAGGUUGGAGGACAAAAGGACUUUAACAUCAAACCAAAAAUCAGUCUUUCUGAAAGCAUAGCACCCAUCUUGCCUCUUCAGUAUGUCUGUGCUCCAGACAGUGAACACACUCUCCUAGCAGCUCCAGCCCAGUUUCUCCUCGAGAAGUUCCUUCAGCAUGCCACAUACAAACUCUUCCCAAAAGCCAUCCAUAAUUACAGGAGCCCCAUCUUGGCCAUCGAUUGCUACCUAAACGUUGGACCAGAGGUGGCCAUAUGCUAUGUAAGCUCCAGACCACACUCCAUCAAUGUCAGCUGUGAAGGGGUAUUUUUCAGCGGACUCCUUUUGUACCUCUGUGACUCUUUCGUAGGUGCUGACCUCCUUAAGAAAUUUAAGUUCCUCAAAGGUGCUACCUUGUGUGUCAUCUGCCAAGACAGAAGUUCUUUAAGGCAAACAAUUGUCCGCUUAGAGCUAGAAGAUGAAUGGCAGUUCCGACUUAGGGAUGAAUUCCAAACAGCCAACAGCAGCGAGGAUAAGCCUCUCUACUUUCUUACUGGACGCCAUGUCUGA